GGGAGGGGAUUGGGGCCCGGCUUCCUGAGAGGAGGAUGGGCUAAGGCAGGCACACAGUGCCGGAGAAGAUGCCCUCCUGGGCCCUCCUGGUGGUCACCUCCUGCCUCCUCCUGGCCCCCCAAAACCUGGCACAAGUCAGCAGCCAAGAUACCUCCUUGCUGGCCUCGGAUUCAGAGCCCCUGAAAUGUUUCUCUCAAACCUUUGAGGACCUCACUUGCUUCUGGGAUGAGGAAGAAGCAGCACCCAAUGGAACAUACCAGCUGCUGUAUGCUUAUCCAGGGGAGAAGCCCCGUGCCUGCCCUCUUAGUUUUGAGAAUGUGCUGCCCUUUGGAACUCGAUACGUGUGCCAGUUUCCAGCCCAGGAUGAAGUUCGCCUCUUCUUUCCACUGCACCUCUGGGUGAAGAAUAUGUUUCUGAACCAGACUGUGACCCAGCGGGUGCUCUUUGUGGAUAGUGUGGGCCUGCCAGCUCCCCCAAAUAUCAUUAAGGCUGUGGGCGGGAGCCAACCAGGGGAACUUCAGAUCAGCUGGGAGACCCCAGCUCCCGAAAUCAGUGCUUUCCUGAGGCACGAACUCCGCUAUGGCCCCAAGGAUCCCAGGAAUUCCAGUGCUCUCACAGUCAUGCAGCUGCUGCCCACAGAAACCUGCUGUCCAGCUCUGCAGAGACUAAACCCAGCCCCAGCUCCGCACCAGCCUCCGUGUGCUCAGCCCAUGAUGCCCCAACAGGAUCGACCAGAGCAGACCUCCCCAACUAGAGAAGCUUCAUCUCUGACAGUGAUGAGUGGAAGCUGCCUCAUCUCAGGGCUCCAGCCUGGUAAAUCCUACAAGCUCCAGCUGCGCAGCCAACCUGACGGGGUCUCCCUCCAUGGCUCCUGGGGAUCCUGGUCCCUCCCCACAACUGUGGACCUGCCUGGAGAUGCAGUGGAGAUUGGACUGCAGUGCUUUACCUUGAACCUGAAGAAUGUUACCUGUCAGUGGCAGCAACAAAACCACACUAGCUCCCAAGGCUUCUUCUACCACAGCAGGGCGCGGUGCUGUCCCGGAAACAGGGACCCCAUCUGGGAGAAGUGUGAAGAGGAGAAAAAUCCAGGAUUACAGCCCUCCCAGUUCUCUCGCUGCCACUUCAAGUCACGAAAUGACAGUGUUAUUCACAUCCUUGUGGAGGUGACCACAGCCCAGGGUGCUGUUCACAGCUACUUGGGCUCCCCUUUCUGGAUCCGCCAGGCUGUGCUCAUCCCCACUCCAAACUUGCACUGGAGGGAGGUCUCCAGCGGGCAGCUGGAAUUGGAAUGGCAACACCCAUCAUCGUGGGGAGCCCGAGAGACCUGCUAUCAGCUCCGAUACACAGGAGAAGGCCAUCAAGACUGGAAGGUGCUGGAGCCGCCUCUCGGCGCCCGGGGAGAGACCCUGGAGCUGCGCCCGCGCUCCCGCUACCGCUUACAGCUCCGCGCCAGGCUCCACGGCCCCACCUACCAAGGCCCCUGGAGCGCCUGGUCAGAUCCAGUGAGCGUAGACACUGCCUCCGAGACUGCCUGGAUCUCCUUGGUGACCGCUCUGCUCGUGGUGCUGGGCCUCAGCACCCUCCUGGGCCUGCUGCUGCUGAGGUGGCAGUUUCCUGCGCACUACAGGAGUCUGAAGCAUGCCCUGUGGCCCUCACUUCCAGACCUGCACCGGGUCCUAGCCCAGUACCUUAGGGAUACUGCAGCACUGAGUCCACCCAAGACUGCAGUCUCAGAUGCCUGUGAGGAAGUGGAACCCAGCCCCCUUGAAAUUCUACCCAAGUCCUCAGAGAAGACUCCCGUGGCCCUGUGUUCCUCCCAGGCCCAGAUGGACUACCGAAGACUGCCUCCUUCUUGCCUGGGGACCAUGCCUCUGUCUGUGUGCCCACCAAUGGCUGAGAUGGGGUCUUAUUGUACCACUCACAUUGCCAACCAUUCCUACUUACCUCUAAGCUGCUGGCAGGCCCCUCUCUCCCAGUACCCUGGACAGAUCCAAACCCACCAGACCUCUUUUCCCAACCUCCCUACCCACUCCAACCCCACAACACAAACCUCUCAGACCUCACGUCCAUCCCCCUCUGUCUGUCCUCAUAGUUGGGCUCCACGACACUGACCACUGAUGACGACCUUUGGUACUGCUGCUGACAUAAAGCCAGGACCCUCGCUUCUCACGCCAGGCUCAUUUGACCAAGCUGUUCUAAUUUUCACCCGUUUUCUCUCUCCUCUCUAAUGCUGGACUCCUUGAAAAGACAUCUCCACAUCCCCACUUCCCAUUUGCUCUUCAGACUAGUUAGUUCCCCUACUUUGCUAAGGAAACUACCCAGGCAGAGUUCACUUCAAACUAUGAAAUUGCAAGAUCAAGUAGGAUCUUAUCAGUCCUCAAUUUAUUUGAUCUCUCUGUGGCAUCUGUCAUGGUAGCUACUCAUUUCCCCUUUAAAUUCUCUCCUACCUUGGCUUCCAUAAUAUUGCCAUCUCUCCUGGCUCUGAGUAUAGGAGUAGUGAAAGCAUAAACUCUGGAAUCAGAACUGGGUUCAAUUCCUCUCUUACCCACUUGUUAGCUGUGUGACCUUGGGCACAUAACUUAAAGUCUUUGAGCCUUGGUUUCUUGUUUAUUAAAAUAGGGAUAACGACAGAACCUCACAGACUUGUGAAGAGAAUUGAGAUAACCCAAAUACAGCACAAUGCCUAGGACAUAGUAAGUGUUUAAUAUAUCUGAACUAUUGUAAUUAUUCCUUCCUAUUAUUCUCUUAUCCAGGCAUGUUUUCCACCCCUUAAUUAUUAUAGUUCUUCAAGAGUCUAUUGAUUUUCCUAUAAGCUGAUCAUUCCAAAGUUCUUAUCUGCAGCCCUGACUUCUACUACAGUACCUGUGAUGCUUUAUGCAAGUGACUGUUUACAUGUUUGUCUCCCACUACUAGAUUGUGAGCUCCUUGAAGGCAAGCAAUGUGAUUUAUUUGUCUUUUCCCCCCAGCACCUAGAGCAGUGCUUGGCGCAUGGGAGUAGGCCUUCAAUAAAUGUUUUCUAAAUGAAGAAAAUCUUUCUGGACAAUGCCCCCUUAACCUCAUGCCAAGCUCCCUCAUUCUCUAAGCCAUUCAUUUUCAGCAGUAAAUGUGCUUAGGCCAUUCUGUUUAUAGAUUCCCCUGACUCAUUCAAAUUCACAAAUAAAUGGUAUUUUUUGCUGGCUCCAAACAUACCCACUGUAUUAGUCAGGGUCUUGGCAGAAAGAGUACACUCGAACUGGGCAUCUUGAUGAGUUUAAUAAAGGCCAUAGUUAUAAAGAUAAGGCAGGAUUUAGGAAAACCAUCAAGGACUAGUGCAGCACCCGAGCCCUAGCAAUAACUGGGAGCUGGUACCACCCCUAGGCAUCAAGGGGUAAGGGGGGAGUGUGGUUACCAGAUAGUGAGAGAGUAGCUCUAAGAGAGGGCUGCCUGACAGGAGCAGUGGCCUUUGGUAGAAAGAUACAACCAACCUGUAGGGACAUGGCAGGGAGGGAGCCGGGAAUAAAUAGCUCAUGCUCACUCUACCCCCAUCCUCUGUUCUCCUCUGUAUUAGUUUGCUAGCACUGCUGUAACAAAGUACCACAAAGUUGGUGGCUUAAACAACAGAAAUGUAUUGUCUCACGGUUCUGGAGCCUGGAAGUUCAGGGUGUCAUUAGGGUUGGUUCCUUCCAAGAGCUGUGAGGAACAAUCUGUUCCGGGUCUCUCCCCUAGCUUCUGGUGGGUUUCCUGGCAAUCUUGGUGUUCCUCGGCUUCUAGAAGCAUCACCCCCAACUCUGUCUUUAUCUUCACAUGGCAUUCUCCUGUGUGUAUCUGUGUCUAAGCUUCCCCAUUUUAUAAGGACACCAGUUUCACUGGAUUAGGGCCCACUGAAACAACCUCAUCUUAACUAAUUAUAUCUGCAAUGAUCCCUAUUUCCAAAUAAGGUUCCACUCUGGAGUAUUGGGGUUAGGAAUUCAACAUAUGAAUUGGUGGGGGGUGGGGAGACGCAAUUUAAUCCAUAGUAUCCUCCCAUUUGUGGAACCCAAACAGAAACCAAAGCCCAAGGUAAUCCAUUGAGGUAAGCCAUAUAAAUCAGCCUCACAGGGUACAGCGCAUGGUAGAUAGGGACAAAGAGUGGGUCUGAAUGGGACAAAUGGAUGACAUCCAGUAUACUUGUUUUCCAGAAUUCCUUCCACUAGCUAUGGUCAAGGCUCCAACUCUAUUCCUAGGGACUCAAGACUAAGAUUAGAGCCAAACCACUAAACUUCUCACCUUUACACCCACUCAGCCAUCAUGUCCUCACCACUUUUACUUCCUAGGGUCCAUCUCCUCCAUCUCUACUGAGCUAUUGCUACAGCCUUCCAACUAAUAUCUCUGCCUCCAGUAUCUCUCCUUAAACCCAACCUGUAUGUUACCUCCAGACUGACUUUCCUAUUCAUCCCACUCCAUACCUCUAAAUCUUUAGCUUCACUCUUCAGAACCUGAUCUCCUCCUCUUCUAGUGUUUCCCUACAUUAGGAUUAAAAGUGUUAACACAACGCAAAGCACAUAGUAAAUACUCAGUGUUUAUUGAGCUAUUUUUAUUAUCCCAACUGGGCUCUUCUACCCCCUGGAUGUCACCAAAUUUUAUUCCUUCCAUACCCUUUGCUUUCCUAGAUUCAAGUCCUUCAGGUGGGAGUUCCCCCAUCUAAUCAGCAACUUGGCCUCUAAUUAUCCUUCUUUAAAGCCUUGUUCUCCUUCCUUCCAGCCUAAGACUAGUGCAGUACCCCAGCACUAGCAAUGGUGGGGAGUGGGACUACCCCUAGGCAUCAAGGAGGGGGGGGAGGGGAGUGUGGUUACUAGA